AUGGCUUUAAGCUUCAGUUUAUUGUACCCACGGAGUCAAAAGACUAGUUCUUCGAUUAUUCCAGAGCUAACUCUACCAAAGUCAUUGGCCGUUACGAGAUUCUGUUGUACAUAUUUUUCCUGUUCUUUCCACAGUGGGAGCCGUCUAGGAGGUCUUGUUACCGUGAUGUGUUUCUUUUUCAACCAUGGAGAGUGCACUCGUGUCAUGUGGACUCCACCUCUUCGUGAAAGUUUCUCAUACCCAUUCCUUGUGCUUCAGAUGUUGCUUUUGACCUAUAUUCUCAGGAUUCCGAAUAUUAAUACAGGAAGCUUGAUUGCACUGUGUGUUUCUAAUAUCUUUUUCAUGCUUCCCUGGCAGUUUGCUCAGUUUGUUCUUCUAACACAGAUAGCUUCAUUAUUUGCUGUGUGUAUUAUGGGUUAUAUUGACUCCUGCAAAUUACAGAAGAUACUCUCUGCUCAUAUGGUAUCUCUUAUAGUGUGUUUUGUUCUGAUGUUUGGUAAUUCAAUGUUAUUGACAUCAUAUUAUGCUGCAUCUUUAGUAGUUAUCUGGGGAAUUCUUGAAUUGAGUCCAAAAGUCUUGAAAAGCAGCAGAAGAGAAGUCUACGUAUGGGUCAUUGAAGGAUGUGCCUGUUUAUUUGGGACAGUCACAUUGAAAUACCUGACUUCUUUAGCGUUUGGAAUAGCUGAUGAUACUCAUAUAGGAAAUAUAUUAAAGUCUAAAUUUAUUGGCUACAAGGAUUUUGAUACAUUAAUGUAUACCUGUGCUGCAGAGUUUGACUUCAUGGAAAAAGAGACUCCAGUAAGAUAUACAAAGACUCUGCUAUUACCAGUUGUUCUGGUGGUUUUUGGGGUGAUUGUCAAAAGGGCAAUUAAAUAUGUUAUGUGGGUCUUAUCUCAGGCAGGCCAAUAUGAAAGAGAGGAACGUUUUAACCAUGGUGAGCUGGUAUACCAUGCAUUGCAGCUGUUGGCAUACAGUGUCCUAGCGAUUUUAAUUAUGAGACUGAAACUGUUUUUGACACCACACCUAUGCGUUAUGGCUUCCUUGGUGUGUUCAAAACAGUUGUUUGGAUGGCUCUUCUGUAAAAUCCAGCCCAAAACCUUGGUCUUUGCUAUUUUAGCAUUGAUGGCAAUAGAGGGAUCAGCAAACCUUCAAACCCAGUGGAACAUCAUGGGAGAGUUUAGCAAUUUGCCACAGGAGGAACUUUUAGAGUGGAUAAAAGUCAACACCAGACAAGAUGCAGUUUUUGCAGGAGCAAUGCCUACAAUGGCAAGUGUUAAAUUGUCUACACUGCGUCCUAUUGUAAAUCAUCCCCACUACGAAGAUGCAGGAUUAAGGGCCAGAACUAAAGUAGUGUAUUCCAUGUACAGUCGAAAACCUGCGAAAGAAGUAAAAAGAGAAUUGAUAAAACUAGGAGUGAAUUACUACAUUAUGGAAGAGACAUUAUGUGUAAGCAGAAAAAAGCCUGGUUGCAGUAUGCCUGAAAUUUGGGAUGUUGAAGAUCCUGCUAAUAGCGGCAAAAUUCCUUUAUGUACCCUUAUGAGCAAGGAUUCCAGCCCAUAUUUCAUCACAGUAUUUGAAAACAGCAAUUACAGAGUCUUAAAGAUUCCAAAGGAAUAGCAUUUCAAUGCCAAGAAUCAUCAGUCUUUCAACUUUUUAAACCAGUAACAGAAGAAUUCUAAAUCAGAAAUUCCUUUUCUACUAGACUUAAAAUGGAAAAAUGUGUAUUUUAUUUUUUACCAUUUUAAGUGAAUUCUGAUUGUAGAAAAAUCUUAAACCUAACAGUUCGGAUUUCUAUUUCAGGGUCAGUCCCUUGAGAUUUGCUAUGCAAAUGAUUAUAUGUUUGCACAUUUUACUUAACACUGAUCCAAAAAGAAUCUAAAAGUAGCUAUGGAAAGUAACUCCAUUCUCAAAACCAAUGAUAUUGUGAAAUGGGACUGUCAGAAUGUCUUAGCAAAGCAAGUUUGUUUAAAGCUUUGCUGCUAGCAGCCAGGAACAAAGGAAUGGUGCUAUAGCAUCUGGCAUCACAUUUCUCAUGCCACUUUCAUUACCCGUCUCCCUUUUGGACAAGGUGAUAUCAGAAACUAUCUUAAAAGUCACAUAGUUUCACUAGUCAGGUCUGAGAGAAAUAUAUUUUUUUCUUCUAGAGGAUUAAGAAGAUUUGUCAUUUUGGAUCACUUAACACAUGCUUUUAAGCUUGCUUUUGAAAUGGAAAAGUUUGUAGGCAGACUUGAAACUUCAUUAUUUAGGUGCAUGUUCUUCGAAUCUUGUUGAUAAUAAAAAAGAAGACUAAUAAGGGUAAUAUUUGCAGUGAGCAAUA